CCAGGAAAAAUAGCUGCGCUUCAUCGCAGCAUCUUUCCUCCGAUGCGGGGAAAACAUUCGCUAGGUGCGGGCCGUUGACGCCAUUCUGGUUAGUCGGUUCGUUCCCCAGACAUGACUCUCAUACCGGCCAUCACCUUCCUUAUCUGCCUGACCCAAGAAGGGCUUGGUAUCGUUUGCGGGUUUUUCCCAGGCCAGGUACGAUCAAGAUCCUGGAAUUCGAAGUCAGUUUCCAGAGAAGUGACUUUCCCCGGUGCCCGGCAUGGCACGCUGGCAGGGAUAGAAUAAUGGGUCUGAAUCGACAGUCUGUAUAAAAUGCGGUCGUCAGCCUUCGCGCAAUGUUCCAAGCAACAUCGACCGGUCAACAAUGUCGCUUUCGCUCCUUCUCACAGCUGCCUUGGUGGCACCGUCCUUGGCAAAGACCGUUCGAUCUCCGACACCGCCGAUGGGAUGGAACUCGUACAACAGCUACUCGUGUUCUCCCUCUGAAGAGAAGAUCAAGCAUAGCACCGACGGGUUGAUCGCAUUAGGCCUUGACAAGCUUGGCUACAACUUCAUCACUGUGGAUUGUGGAUGGCCGUCAAGAGAUCGAAGCCCGGAAGGCAAGCUGCAAUGGAAUGAAACAUUGUUCCCCUCAGGCGGCAAGGCUCUGGGUGACUACAUCCACGGCCUCGGCUUGGACUUUGGACUGUACUCGGGUGCUGGUUACCUACAAUGCGGCAGCACGGAUCUACCUGCGAGUCUGGGGUACGAGCAGCUCGAUGCUGAGAGCUUUGCCGAAUGGGGCGGUGACAGUCUGAAAUACGACAACUGCUACUCUACUUCAAACACCACGAUGGUCGACUCUUCGUCGGCUGAGUCGCAGUCGCCAGCACGCUUCCAGCACAUGGCAGCAGAACUAGAGGCAGUGGAUCGUGACAUCCAGUACUUCGUCUGCCAAUGGGGCAUUGGCGUAGAUACCGGCGCAUGGGCCUCAAAGAUUGGCAAUACCUGGCGCAUUAGUAACGACAUCUACAACGCCUGGCGCAGUAUCUGGCGCAUCACCAACCAGAUCGUGCCUUACUACCGCCACACAACGGUCGGUGCAUUCGCAGACAUGGACAUGUUGAUCGUCGGGCUCAAUACUCUAUCCGAAGAAGAGGAGCGCUUCCACUUCGGCAUGUGGGCCAUCAACAAGUCACCUCUCAUUAUCGGAGCGGCAGUUGAUGCAGAGAAGCUUAACAAGCACUCUCUGGAUAUCAUGUCCAACAAGGAAGUCAUCGCAAUCAACCAGGAUGUUCUCGCCAAGCAAGCGCAGCUGGUUCGUCGCUACACCGAGGAAGAGUACGACAUCUGGCUAGGUGAGCUUUCCGGCUCCCGCCAAAUUCUCGGAGUCGCAAACUGGAAGAACGAGUCUCAGACUGUCGAAGUGGACCUCGCAUCUCUCGGCGUCGGCUCUGCGCAAGUUCGCAAUGUAUGGGCAGCGAAGGACCUGGGGCUCAUCGAGGGUGCUCAGAAACUUGAUCUCGCUGGCCACGAACUCCGUCUCUGGGUGAUCUCAAAUGCAACCGCAGCAGCGCCGCUGAAGUCUUCUGGAUACCACAGUGCUUCUGAUGCCACUCUCGCCGGCUCGGCCAAGGUCGUCCCUUGCUCCUCUGGGGCCUGUCUUCCAACAGGAUCGAAGGUUGGCGACAUUGCGCUCGGCUCCAGCGCCACUUUCACUAAGGUUGCAGCUUCGUCCUCUGGAAAGAAGACUAUCGCUGUUGACUUCGUGAACUACGACUACGCUUUCACAACGGCUUGGGACUACGGCGACAAUGCCAGGAAUGCGACAAUUGCGGUCAAUAGUGGCGCUGCGAAGCGAUGGGCGUUCCCGCUCUCUGGUGGCAACUGGGAAGAGAGUGGGCGCUUGACUGUGGAGGCUGAUGGGUUUGUUGAGGGUGGUAAUAAUACUGUUGUGUUUGGUGGUUUUGGCAGUGCGACAAGCUGGGCACCAGACGUCGUCGGCCUCGAGAUUCUGGAGUAAAUACAUAGUGAGUCUCCGUACUCGCAACUCUAUCAAAUGUUGCCCCGUUACUAUUACACUUACACAAUUCCUCGUUGUUUGGAUAUGCCAUUAUCUUCUGAACAGCAUUGUGUGACGCACGUCAUGCUCCCACAUUGCGCGAUUUCACCAACUACGUUCACACUGUUCACAUUUCGAGCACCCCACAAUUCAGCUCAGAGAUACGUAGGGUAGAGUCUAUCAUGUCUCCAUGGCUCUGCUGAUUGGACGCGCCAUCAAUUCGAAAGCAGAUGCUCUCAAAGGCAACGCUGGUCUUCACUU